CAGAUAUCAAUUAUCAGCUGAUUACUGUUUUUGUUUACUCUUAAUUUGUAAUAAAUAAAUAAAUAUAUAGAAUUAUUUUAAAUAAUUUAUUAAGUAAAGCGGUUUUAUGAGCACUUUAGUCCCUUAGCUUUACACAAGGAUGUUUCACCCUCUAGCCCACCAAAUCUUUGAUGGAAUAAGGCUAGAACCACUAAAUUACUAUUCAAACAAUGCAACCAGUAACAACACAUACAACAAUUAUCAAGUAGCCCCUACCCAAUCAUCAUUUCUCACGCCCGAAGUGUCCAUUACGUACGAGUCUUUACAAGAACCAAAACAGGAACCUCUACAAACAGACGAAUCAAUGAGCAGUGACAUAAAUGAACCCUGUGCCAUAAUAAAACAAGACUUAAAUGACAAACCAAUGAGUCCGAUUGUUGAUAAGAAACCAAAACCGCAAACUUGUAAAAUUUGCAAUAAAACCCUGGCUUCCGCUUCCAGCUAUUAUGUGCAUAUGAAACAGCAUUCUGCUAGUAAGCCAUUUAUGUGUACCAAUUGUAAUGCUGCUUUUUGCAGGAAACCUUAUUUAGAGGUCCACAUGCGAGUACACACCGGCGAACGCCCCUACCAAUGCGACGUGUGCAAAAAACGUUUUACCCAAAAAUCGAGUUUAAACACUCACAAAAGGGGCCACUCGGGCCUGCGCCCUUACGUCUGCCAAAUAUGCCGGAAAACGUUCACGGUCAAAAGUUACCUGACCGCCCACAAAUGGACUCACAUCUCCGAUUCCGGUAUCAGUUGUAGUGAAUGUGACGUGUCUUUCACUAGUAAAAACGCUUACCUGCAACACAUGGACACUCACAAUAAACGGGAGUUUUUUUGUAGGGAGUGCGAUAAGGGAUUCAUGAAGGAGAGUUAUUUAAUCAGACACGUGAAUCGGAUUCAUAAUAAGAAUAGUUUGUUUGUAAAUAACGGUAAUUGUUUCGUUAAUGGGACGAAAACGUAGAUGAUUCUCGUUUAAAGUUUUACGCAUCUGGCCAGGGUAGCAUUUCGAUCGUUUUUAUUUUUUGGCGGAAAAAGUUAGAUGUUAGUAGAUAUUAGUUCAAUAUAACUUUUAAACAAGAAUCUCUUCCCAGGUCCGUCGAUUCUAUCAGUGGUUGCUUGCUGAACUUUGAUAUUAUGGAUAAAUGCCCAUAGAAAUGAACUUAUGGCCAGAUGUGUAUUUAUUAUACUGUAUUUAUGCCGAAUGCUUGUAGCACUUUAGGAAUAGUUCAAAUUUACCUUUUUUGUUUUGUAUAUUUUUUAAAAGCCAAUUUUUAUUUAUUUAAUUAUAUUUUUAGCGGUUGUUUAA